AUGGCCAUGAGGAUGCUCUAUCGUGGACCGAGCACACGACUGGAGACGUUGAUUGAGAAAAUUCAGCAAAGUACGCACGGCACGCGUAACGACCUCUACUCCCCGCAAACGUCCUCCAGCUUUUCGCCCUCGAUGUCGGACGGGAUGGCGACCCCAAACUCGAUCACGCACGACGGUGGUGCCGAACCGGGGCCGGAUGCUGCGGGUUGUGGAGAAAAGUCCAGCUUCCGGGCUGCUGGCAGCAACCAGCCACAGAUCGGGCACCAUCAUCACCCGCGGCAUCAUCAUCAUCAUCAUCUGCACUAUCACCAUCGGCGGUCGGGCGGCGGCGGCGGCGGCGGAGGCCACCCGAAGGAGGGCAAAACGUCGCGGAGCCUCCACCACAACAACAACAAUAGCAGCAGCCAAAACAACAACAAUCACACGAACAGUAACAGCAAAAACGUGGACGGCACUUAUCACUGUCAGUUCUGCGACAAGACGUUCCCGCGGCUCGGCUACCUCAAGAAGCAUGAACAGAGCCACACGGAACACAUGCCGUUCAAGUGCGAGUACUGCGCGCGGCUCUUCAAGCACAAGCGGUCCCGGGAUCGGCACACGAAGCUCCAUACGGGCGAUCGACGCUAUCGCUGUCUGCACUGCGAGGCCGCCUUUUCGCGCAGUGAUCAUCUGAAGAUCCACAUGAAAACGCACGACAACCAGAAGCCGUUCCAGUGUACGAUCUGCAACCGUGGCUACAACACGGCGGCCGCCCUGACGAGCCACAUGCAGAACCACAAAAAGCAGCUGGCGCUCACCGGGAGCCCUAACCUCACGUACAGUCCCCGCUCGACCACCAGUUCCCUGUCGAGCGGCGGAAGCAAGCGGGCCGCAAAGUUCUCGCCCUACGCCAACUCGAACCACUCCGCCGAUCCGCUGCUACUUUUGGGCGGACGCACCGCUUCGAAGUUGGUGCUGGCGAAGGGCUCCAUCCAGUCGAACGCGAAUCGAACACCGACCCCCGGGAAUGGUGGCCCCGGUGGUGGAGGAGGAGCGAGCAAGGGUGGAGGUGCCGGAUCGGAGCCGGAUCCGUGCGCCUGUCCGUACUGUACCCGCAAGGACUUUAGCAGCCUGGAGCAGCUCGGUCUGCACGUCCAGUCGAUGCACGGUGGCCCUCUGGGCGGUGUUCUGGGUGCCACCGAUGGCUACUUCGCUCCGCAGCUCACCCGUGCUCCAUCCGUGGCCGGGGGACGCCGUGCUGUGACCCCCGACGGUGGUCACAGCACGACGUACCCUCCCAUAGCGUGCGAGUUCUGUACGAUGAAGUUCCCCACCGUGCCGCUGAUGUUUGCCCACCUGAAGGCGACCCACUUGGACCGGCUGGCGGGCGGAACACCGGCAGGGCCGCAUCAUCAUCGAUUGUCACCGAACGGGACCCAUGGAGCCCGAUCACCGAUGCGCCCGUCCCGGCUGUCCGGUUACCCGUCGCUGGAGCACCUCCAGUUUAACACCAAAAAUCUCCUCAGCAGCACCUUCUCAUCGCUCUACAGCGGAUUGGGGGCACACGGCGCCGGGACGACUGCUCCUGCCACGACCACCAUCAAGUCUGAGUCACGGUCCACGGGAACGGUUCGGAGGGAGCACACGGAUGCGGAAGAUGAAAGUGGGACAGAACCGGAUCGAAAGCGUAGUCGAAGAGAAGCACGAAACAAGGACGAAGGCCUAAGCGAUGAUGCUCCCGAAGACGAUGAUCCACUCGAUGACGAUGAUGAAGAGGACGGCAUCGAGGACGAUGAUGAGGACCGUGCGGCUUCUGCGAUCGGUGAGGCCUACAGUGAGGUGGCUCAAGAGCCCGAAAGUUCAUCCCACGGAGGACCCGAAAAUGGAACCCUCAUCAAGCAGGAACGGAAGGACACUGCUGGGAGUGCCUCAUCCUCAUCGGCCCGUUCGUCACCGUACGAGGCGCACCUAUCGCACGGGUCCGGAUCUCCACUGGCGCAGUCGGCCGCAGUCCGAGAGGGCCUUCCGGCGGAGCAGCUCACACCGACCGAUCUCAGCCAGCCGAAGAUGAAGCGCCUCAAACUGGAAGCUCCGGACGAGCAGCAGCUCCUGGCGGAGGGUGACCCCGCUGGAGGCGCAGUGAGGAAGGGCGGCACCGAGCGUCCACCACCGAGCCAGCAGCGCCGUCCACGGGCCGGAACCGCACGGCGGGAGAGUGAAACGCGGGGCGAACCACAGUCGCUGCAGCAUCACCGGAUGGCGCCCCAAUCGUCCGGCGGGCCGUGCCGCGACCUAGCACCCGCCUCCUCGUUGCCCCCUCCGGGAGCCUACCUUUGCAACCAGUGCAAUGCCGCGCUGCCCGAUUUCGAGUCCUUCCGGGCGCACCUGAAGGCGCACCUCGAACAGAACAGUGCCAACUGCCUGGCGGCCAUGGCCGGCGCUAGUGGCUCCGCGUCGUCCGCGUCCGCCACCACCGCCGGGGCCCUGUCGCUCUCGACGUUCCUCUGCCAGCAGUGCGGGGCCACGAUGAGCUGCCAGGCCGAGUACGAGCAGCACACGAUCGGUCACUUCCUCGUCACCGCCGUCGAGUAUCGGUGUCAGGCGGGCUCUGGCGGCGGCGGCGGCCCAACUUGCCAGUCCGCCCUCGGGAAGGGCGCGUUCGCGAAGGUCGAAGAACUCCACAAACACCUGUACGAGGGCCACAUGCAGCUCCUGUACAAGUGCACCGCCUGCGGGGAAACGUUCGACUCCAAGGUCCAGGUGCAGGUCCAUUUUGCCGUGAGCCACUCGCUCGAGGUGAAGCUGUACCGGUGCUCCGGAUGCGCCGAAACCUUCCGCACGGAGCGUGACUUUCGUCAGCACAUUCGCAGUCGCCAUCUGACGGGGGGCGCCGUGCAGUGUAUGUUCUGCCGUGUGGUCUGCUCGUCGGAACUCGAGAUGCACUUUCACCUCGCAUCGCACGCCCGGAAAUACAAAUGUCCUGCAUGUCCCGAGUCGUUCCACGUGGAAUUUCUACUCGAUCGGCACCUCCAAACGCACCACAGUCAGAAGGAACUGGCGUCACCGAACCGGCGUGGCGGGGAGUCCAACUCUAACGCUCAACAGAGCACCGCCAACAACGGCAUUCCGGUGUCCACGACGGCCACGGCGACCACGACGCCCUCGACCGGUCUGGACUACCUGCAGCUACACGGCCAAAUGGCGGCGAUGGCCGCAGCGGCAGCCGCCGCUUCCGGGGGCUGGCCUACGCUCUACCAGACGGCCAACAAGUUUUACGGCAACCCGCUGCACGUGGACACACUGAGCCAGAUGAAGCACCCGCAGCAACUUCUGCACGGGUUCUACGACACCAUGCUGGGAAAGGCUGCCCAGCAUCAGCACCAGCAACAUCACCCGCGUUCUGCGUUCCUUUCGGAGACCGCGACCGUGACGGCCACGAACGUUCCCACCACCAGCACCAGCGCCGCCAGUAACAAAUCGAACCCUUUCCUCGGUCUUUCACCUAACGCGGCCGCCAAUCCGCUGCUGGGACUGGGCUAUGGUUCCACCGGCCCAUCUCAGAUGGCCGCUUCGGCGAGCGCCCUAAAUGGGUUGUAUUCUCCCGAGACUAGUGCGGCCCCCAACAGCACCAACGGGACGGCGAACUCCACUUCGGGAAGCUCCAAACUUUACUCCCCAAUCAGCAUGCUCCACUCGCGGUACACGGCCGAAAACGGUCCCAGUGGGCCCCCGGCCAGAACUGAGUCACCCAGCGGUCAGCUGGGGCUCCCGGGGCUUGAAGGGAAACUGAACGCCCCACCAGCGUGUACCGUUGUUGCCGGGUCGGGGACGAGUAAGGGGUUGACCGGUUCCGCCUCUUCGAGUAGCACAGGGGGCGGCCCUCCACUGACUUCCGGUGGCAGCUACAGUUGUGGCAUUUGCGAGCGCACCGACUUCAGCACCGAAAGUGAGGUCCAAACGCACCGCAAGAUCGUGCACAACCUCAAGACGGGCGUCAGUUUGCGGUGCGCGUACUGCAACGGGGAUUUCCGAUCGAGGAACGAGCUGGAGAACCACAUGAAGAUUGCGCACAACACGGGCGGCGGCAAGCACAAGUGUUUGAUAUGCGAUGAAAUCUUCCCUUCGCCCGCCGUCCUGGCCGAGCACAAGCUGUCCCACUGUAAGGUCGGUGCGUCCGGCCGCUGUUCGCACUGUGCCCUGCCGCUCCCGGAUGCGCACACCUUCAAGCAGCAUCUCCCGGUCCACCAGGCAUCGAUCGGUGCUGGUUCGUCAACUCCGGCGGCUGCUGGUCCGGCGGUCUCUACGGCCAGUUCCAACACCCUGGUGGCCAGCACCGGUGGUACGGGGGGCAGUGGAGCAUCUUCUGCCCCGCCCAACGGUGUCCAAACAGCGAGCGGGACGACGAGUGGCACCAGCGGUGGUUCCGGCUCGGAACAGGAUCGGUUCCCGCAGCAAUGCAUCUGCUGCCGGCAGACGCUAAACUCCGAGUUCGAAAUCAGUCUACACGCCAAAUUCCACACCAAGUCACCGGACACGAACGAGCGCACGUGCGCCCUCUGCCUGGAACCGCUGCCAUCGCAACCGGAAGCGUCGACUAAGAUCUGCGAUCCGUGCCUCAAGCGACACAACUUCCCGACCAAGCUGCUGUCGAUGAACUUUCUCAAACCACCGGCCACGGCCACGUCCACCAGUGUUCCGGCCACCGCCGCCAGUGCACCUAUGAGUGCUACCCCCGGUGGAACCCCAGUCGCUACGACAACCCUCGCACCGUCCCACCAUGGCGCCGGCGAGCCGUACGGCGGCCAUCAUCUAAUGGCCUCCUCGCCCGAAUCCGCACCAAUAAUGCUUGCGUCGUCUCCGCCGUCGGUGCAGUGUAACCUCUGCAGAAAGGCGCUCCCGUCGGCGCACAAACUGCAGGAGCAUCUGAUCGAUCACACGUUUGCCGGCUGCGAGGAGCGUGGCUACGUGUGCUACCUCUGUUCGGCCGUCUUCACGUCGUCCGCCGGCCUUCAGGCCCACCUUCCGGUAGCUCACUCGAACGCAACCGCCAAACCGUACGACUGCGAGCGGUGCGGUGUUGCGUACUUUUUCCGUGCCGAACUCGAACACCAUCUGGCCGAGCACGAGCUGGGACGGCCGGUGCUCGAAGAGUGGCCAGCAGCACUGGCCGUGGGAGGCAGUCACAUCAAGCAGGAAAGGGCGGACGAAGAGGAGCUGAUCGAAGAAUCGAUUCUGGAACCGAGAAGGAUCGCCGGUGAGGGAUCGCUCGAUGAACAACCGGAAGAUGAUGGCGACGUGGAAGAAGAGGAAGAAGAGUACAUCGAGGUGGAGCACACGGCGCUGGAGGAAGCCCACAAGGAGUCGACCACUCGAACGCCCAACGCGAUGGCGAUCGGCUACGGGAAGGAUCGAUCAGCGAUACCCGCUUCACCGUCGCUCGUCACCGUCACUGCAACGGAAUAA